AUGUCGUCGGUCUUUUCGAGCUCGACUGGCGUGGCAACCAGCGCAAUUGGUGGGGAGAUAAAGCUUCCGUCCAUCCGCUGUAUAUACCAGACCAUCCGCUCUAGCAAGCCUGGCGCAGAAUGGCGCGCUCUAGUGCAUGGCGGGAUAGUCGAUAUGAUAUGUGAAUGUGUCGCUGGGGAAAGGACUACAUUGGAUCGGCCGGUCGCUCUACGAUACAAUGCAUCCGGUGCUGCACCGACGGUUCUCUGUUGGCAGUUUCAUUCGGUCUACCACCCGGCGUUGGCGAUAAUAUACGAAAUGGAACAAAUACUUCAAAAUCCCCCGUCUGCGCUGUGUUUACUUAUCAUCGAUUCGCUCCGAAGGCAUUGGCCAGACAUGAUGCAGCGCCUUUGGACGGAUCCUUCAAACACCACCCACCCUCACAUGGAGAUGGUCCUGGAGCGUAUCGUGGUUCAGAGUAUCGUCAACUUCGUGUCAUUCUCGGACCCAAGUUUCCUCGACGUCGAUGAUCAGAGUAAACUUCCUCGCGACAUUCGAAAAGGAGCCGGAUCCAUGCGGAAAUGCUUCUCGAGGAUCGAGGGCUCGUUUAAGUGGCUUGUCGGUGCCGACCUGGAGAAAGCGCUGAUGCUCAUGAGCGUGCUCGUCCGCUACGGUCAUUCCGAGAUGCCGAAGGAGCCUGAAUUCGAUAGACCAGACCUCGUUCGCACUCUCAUAAAGGCAAAUGGACUUUGGAGUGGUCUGUUCACCGUUAUGACGAAAACAGUGGAAGACGAUAAGAAGGGAGAGUCCUCUGCGCUCAAUGUCUACGUUACCACGACGCGAGCGCUCAGCUCGUGUCUUGCCCACUAUGUGGUCCGUUUCCCUAAUGAAGGUGCUAUUUUUGUGAGGUUUCUUGUGCGUGCAGGGAUGUUCGAUGCCUUGGACGUUUCUUUACCCUAUUUCGCGUCUCGUGCGGACGUGUCUGUGGCACUUACCGAGAGAGUGUCCACCUUCCUCGUCCCCGCACUCUUCGCCCCAUCCUCGACUCCGCCUACAUAG